AUGAUUAUAUUAAUUUUUAUAUAUCAAUUGUACAAAUAUUUUAUUAUAACUCCUUUUUUAUUUUUAAUCCAAAGGAUAUCUGUUAUAGGAUUAACUGGAGGAGUUGCUUGUGGCAAAACAAUAGCUACAAAUUUUUUAGAACAAUAUGGUUUCACUAUUAUAGAUAUGGAUAUUAUAUCUCGCAAAAUAUUAAUGAAAGAUUAUCCAGCAUAUAAAUCUGUUGUUAAAAAAUUUGGUAAUGAAAUAUUACUUGAAAAUGGUGAAAUAAAUAGACAAAAAUUAAGAUAUAUAGUAUUUAAAGAUGAUUCUAAAAGAAAAAUAUUAAAUAAAAUGACACAUUAUUAUAUUUUUAUUGAAACCCUAAAAACCCUAAUUUGGAACAGAAUAAUUUUAUUUAAAUCUAAUGUUAUUAUUGUAUCACCGUUACUAUUUGAAUCAAAAAUAUUUACAUGGAUAUGUUCUCCUAUAUAUACAAUUGCAACUACUGAAGAACGGCAAUAUAAUUUUUUAAUUAAUAGAGAUAAUUGUGAUUCAGAUAUAGCUAAUUCAAUGAUAUAUUCUCAAUUAUCUAUAAAAACAAAAUGUAAACUAUCUGAUAAAAUUAUAUGGAAUAAUUCAAAUAUAAAAGAUUUUAAAUAUUCUAUUAUUGAAGCUUUUAAUUUAUGUUUUUUUUAA